GCUGGUUCCCAGGCGGCGAAGAGAAAAAGGCGGCGGGCGACGCCGCCGCGGUCGCACGAUGGCGGGCGAGGCGAGGCCAUGUGCAGCGAGGAGAAGGGAUGGCUGCCCGGCCGUAGGGUCCCAUCCAGCGCGCGAGAGGCUCUGCGGCUAUCCCGGCCGUGAAGCUGAUCCGCCGAGGAAGCAAUCAGCCAUCAGUUCCUGCAAGCAUUCAUGCCUGUUGAAGUGGAGCCUGCGUCGGUGUUGGUGGCCAUCAAUCCCAUUGUGUUCUCAUUCUUAGCAGAAGAAAUUGUAUCUGUUUCUGGUUUUGUGGACUCGAGGUCAUUGACCCUCAUCAACGCAUAUGAAGUUAUGAACCGACCUAUCAACCUAUUGCUAACUCUACCUGAUCAUGUAUGCCCCUGUAUCACAGGAUUUAUUCAUGUCUAUCCACAUAUGCUCAUGCUGUUAAUUUCUGAGCAGUUCUACAUACAGUUCCAUAUGGGAACACAACACAUGGUUAUGUCUGUUCUUAAGUUACUUGGAGCUUUUACAUGCGAAAACCAUAUGAAAUUAACCUGUCAAAACUGUCCAGGAGUGCUUGGGAAGAAAAAUCUUCCAUCCUGAGCUACCGUAAUUUCAGUAUGUCUUGGCUUGCUUCUUCUGUAGGACUCCUCUAGACGAACUAUUGUCCGAAUCAAUUUAUAGACACAUUUCAGUUAUCAUUA